ACCGUCAUUCUUUUGUUGUUUAUAGAUGAACGCGCUCUGUCGAACUUCCUCGUCCGUCAGUUUUACGGCAGUUUGCUUCGCCUUUAGGGGCUUUUGGUGCGUUCUUCUCAGCCUCUGCCUUCUACUCGACGCGCGGGUUGUUUGCCAGCAGAGCGCACUUCUGUCACACCGGAAGCAGGAAAAGAAGGUAAACCAGACCUCAGCCAUGGCCGCUAUCUCCACCUCAAACACAGCUUUUGCCUUGGAGCUGCUCCGCACGUUGAGCCAGGCAAAACCCAAUGAAAACAUCUUUGUGUCUCCUCUGAGCAUCAGUUCAGCUUUGGCCAUGGUCUACCUGGGAGCUAAAGGAGACACUGCUGCGCAAAUGGCCCAGGCUCUGUCAUUCCGAGCAGGUGAAGGUGUCCACGCAGACUUCCAGACCCUCAAUAGUCAAAUCAAUGCACCAGCUGCCUCCUACAUCCUUAAACUCGCCAAUCGUCUAUAUGGAGAAAAAACCUGUAACUUUCUAUCUGAAUUCCUUGAGUCCACACAGAAGCACUAUCAGGCAGAUCUGAAGUCAGUGGACUUUAUCGGAGCUCCGGAAGAAUGCAGAGCCGAGAUCAACAGUUGGGUGGAGGAACAAACCGAAAACAAGAUUAAAGAUCUUCUGAAACAAGGCACCGUGAGCACCAUGACCAGACUGGCUCUAGUUAAUGCCAUUUACUUCAAAGGAAACUGGAUGAAUAAGUUUGAUGCAGCCAACACCAAAGAAAUGCCAUUCCACAUCAAUGGUAGUCUGACCAAACCGGUACAGAUGAUGUACCAGAUGAAGAAAUUGCCCUUCAGUUACAUUCCAGAUCUCGGCGUGCAGGUCGUUGGGCUGCCCUAUGUGGAUGAAGAGCUGGCCAUGUACAUCCUACUGCCGGAGGAGACCACUGCUGGGGCAAAGGGGGUUCACAAGAUUGAGAGUAAAUUAACUCAGGGAACUCUCGAUGAGUGGACCAACCCUGCUCACAUGGAGUUCGUAGAUGUGCACAUCCACAUCCCCAAAUUCAAGAUGGAGGAAGACUACGAGCUGAAUGAGCCACUAGCCAAAAUGGGCAUGGUGGAUGUUUUCUGCUCAGCCAAGGCCGACCUGUCUGGCAUGAACGGUGAGGGCGGACUCUUUCUGUCUACGGUGGCUCAUAAGUCUUUUGUGGAGGUGAACGAGGAGGGCACAGAGGCGGCAGCAGCUACAGCCGGGAUGGUGACGUUCUGUAUGUUCAGGGAGGAGCACGUCACAGCAGACCACCCAUUCCUCUUCCUUAUCAAACACAAGGCCACCAACUCUAUUUUGUUCCUUGGAAGGUUCAUGUCUCCUCAGUAGAUCCCACUAUAUAUCACAUGCUAAAACUGACUAUUCAAAUGUAAAUGAAUACAAAUAAACUAUACACUUACUCAAAAA